AUGGUGACUAUUCCGCAUCCAGAUACCGAAUCUCAAUGUGUCCACAAUGGUAUAAGUUGUGACGAAUGUGGUGUUUGCCCAAUCGUUGGAACAAGGUUCAAAUCAAGGCACAUUUACGACUUUGAUCUUUGUCGUGAGUGUGCGAUUCUGAAUCAUCCCCAAGACAACAAUGCCUUUGUUGCGUUCGAAGAUCCUGUGUCAAGAGUACAAGCUUCUAAAGAAGGGCCUGGAGGAAUAAACCGCAUCUAUGCUGGAUCCGUAGAAGAUGCGGAGCAGCAACUUCAGGAAGGAAAGAAUGCGCACAUUGCAUUCUUUCGUUUCUACGGCAGGACUCCGUCGACUCAAGAAUGUCAACAAGUCGUUGAAUUUAUCAACAAGAAUGCCAUUCUUACAAACAUCAAUAUCUGUCUAUUUUGCUUUCAAAACGCUGAGCAGGCAUUUGCCUCUAUUGCGCAAGGGUUGGCAACCAACAAACAUGUCAAGCAUCUAAGUCUAAGGCUCAUGCCCCUGUGGAAUCAAGAAUCUUUCUUUGACACUUCAUCCGUUCAGCAUUUAAUUGAAACAAACAAAGUUUUGGAGACUCUAUUUAUCGGCCAUGCCUGGCUCAGAGAUUUUGAUGACACUGGUUCCUACUACGAAAGCGAAGACAAGUUUGCUUAUCAUAUUUUCGAUUCCUUGAAGCGGAAUAGGACUCUCAAGACAUUCCGGCUAGAAACAAUAUCUCAUCUUUCAGCAGCAACGCAAGAGUCUGCUUGUCAAGCAGCUGCCACCAAUCCUGGGUUGAUUCGUUUGUUUGCUAAAUUUGAUGGUUCGGAUCACGGUAUUCACAUGCUGACGAACUUCAACCGAUACAGAUGGAUGAAGCGAUGGACGGAUCUCAAUGCCAAGCCAGAAGAGCGAAUGAAGGUUAUGGAAGAAAUCAUGAAGUCAACCUCUAUUGAUAUCCCAGCAUUGUAUCAUUUGUUUCGGAGCUAUCCUCAAGCUCUCAAUAAUCUAUAA